GUGAGACCCUUCAAUACUCAAUAUCAUUUCGUUCAUUGCAUUGAAUAUAGUUGCUAGUGUAAUAUCUUGCAGCCGUGCCACUAUUUUUUGAGACAUCUUGUGACCUAGAUACUUUAUACAUUAUAUUUAUUCUUUAUUGUAGGAACUCCAAAAGGAUGACUUCUCUGUACAUCAGUUUUGGGUUCCUACUGAUUCUUGGACUGGUGCCUGUCAGUUUAUCUUCCUUCUAUGAUGGAGUUGAAGAGCUGGACAAUGAUAUUAUUCUCAACUCAGUUCAGGAGGCAAAAAAGCUGGUGGAUGCGGCGUAUAAACGUACCCGGGAUGUCCUCAAGGCACGCCUAAAACAAAAAGACGUGCGCCCCUCUGAUGUCAUGGCGUUCUUCAAGCAACCCGUAGCGACCAGCAGGACACACAUCCGAGCUGCUGACUAUAUGGGCACCACCCUAGAACUCCUCUCAGAGAAGGUGCAGAGUGUAUACAGUAGACCAUUCAACAUAACAGAUGUACUGACUGCCAACCAGCUAGACACCAUAUAUAAGGUUUCUGGAUGUGCAUUCUUACAUAUACAGAGGCCUUGUCCCAACACCCCAUAUCGCUCCUUCACAGGGGAGUGUAAUAACAGGAGGUUCCCCAACUUUGGAGUCUCCAACAGACCCUACACACGCCUGCUUCCAGCCCAAUAUGAGGACAGCAGAUCCCUUCCCAAAGGAUGGACAGAGAAUAGAAGAAUCAAUGGAUUUAUGUUGCCUCUAGCUCGGGCUGUAUCCAAUCAGAUUUUGCGAUUUCCUGAAAGGGAACAGACUCUGGACAACCAGCGGUCCCUCAUGUUUAUGCAGUGGGGUCAGUGGAUUGAUCAUGAUCUUGACUUGGCUCCGGAGACACCUGCGAGAUCAAGCUUCUUGAAGGGGAUAGACUGUGAUCACAGUUGUGCCCGGGAGCUGCCCUGCUUUCCUUUACGGAUUCCACCAAAUGAUCCAAGGAUCCAGAACCGAAGUGACUGUAUCCCACUCUUCCGCUCAUCUCCAGCUUGUAUGCAAGGACCUGUACUUGAACAAAUCAACGUUCUCACCUCUUAUGUUGAUGCCAGCCAGGUGUAUGGAAGCACCAAUGACUUAGCCAGAAUGCUUCGUAACAACACUGCCACACAACUGGGCCUAAUGGCUGUUAAUACCAGGUUUACUGAUGGCGGCCUUCCCUACCUGCCCUUUGGUACAAUGAAAGAAGACUUCUGUCUCUUGACAAAUAUGUCAUCAGGUUUACCCUGCUUUUUGGCUGGGGACGCCCGUGUCAGUGAGCAGCCUGGCCUGACUGCAUUUCAUACCAUUUUUGUGAGAGAACACAAUCGCAUAGCCAGAGAGUUACGCAGGCUGAACCCCACCUGGACAGGGGAAGUCUUAUUCCAAGAAGCGAGGAAAAUCAUUGGAGCAAUAGAGCAGAAAAUCAAUUACAAGGAUUACUUACCUCUGCUACUUGGUUCUACAAUGACUCGAGUGCUUCCACGCUACACUUCUUACAAUGACUCAGUGAACCCAGGAGCUGCCAAUGUUUUUAGCCUGAUCUUCCGCAUGGGCCACACAAUGAUCCAGCCCUUUAUCUACAGGCUGGUAGAUGGUUACAGGACCUCAGCAUCGCUGCCCCCGAUCCCUAUACAUCUUACCUUCUUCAAUACAUGGAGAGUCAUUCUUGAAGGUGGUGUCGACCCUCUGCUUCGUGGGCUUAUGGGCAAUCAGGCCAAGCUGAACAGGCAAAACCAGAUUUUGGUGGACGAGUUAAGGGAACAUCUUUUUGAGCUGUUCAAGCGUCUCGGCCUCGAUCUUGGCGCAAUCAACAUGCAGCGCGGCCGUGAUCAUGGACUGCCAGGAUACAACGCCUUUAGAAGAUUUUGUGGGCUGUCUCAGCCACGCAACGAGACUGAGCUAGCCACUGUGCUGAGAAACAGACAACUGGCCCAGAGACUAACAUCUCUUUAUGGGACACCUCAAAAUAUUGACAUCUGGUUGGGGGCUGUUGCUGAGCCACUGGUUACCAAUGGCAGAGUGGGGGAACUGCUGGCUUGUUUGAUUGGAGACCAGUUCCGUAGGAGCCGUGAUGGAGACAGAUUCUAUUAUGAAAGACCCUCUAUAUUCACACCGGCUCAGCUGAGUUCAAUAGAAAGGGUCACCCUUGCACGAAUGGUCUGUGACAACACAAGGAUCACAGAGGUCCCCCGAGAUGUAUUUAAGGCUAACCAGUAUCCAGCCAAUUUUGUGAGAUGCGCAUCGAUCCCAGCUCUGGAUCUGACCCCAUGGAGGAGGAGGAAGAGCGGAGCAGAAUUGGAAGACCCACCCAUGUAGGCAGCCUGGGACUAUUUACAGCUGGGUGCAAUUCUCAUUAUGUCUCCUCCUCAGUGUACUUUCUGCACAUUCAGCUGUACAUUUAUGCAAGCAAGAAUAGUUCUGCAAUAGUAAUAAACUGUAUUAUGGUUGUUAUUCCAGAUUAUAAUCUUUGUGUUUGCAUUUAUUAAAUUACCCCAAAAGUAAAAA